AUGGAGAAUCCCUCGAACAGCCGCGAUGCUUUUUUGCAUUGGGCACUCAAAAUCUCUCGAAUUCUAAGAAAGGCUAUGAGAGAUACGAGCUUGGAUUCAGCGCGGCGAUGUGUUGUAUCAGAGAUUGUUGCGAACCUGGCCCUGGCUUGCAAUGCCAUCGAAUCGAUUCCGAUCUACUGGAUAGAGCCUGAAGUUCACAAAAUGUGUCAAAUCCUCUUAGAUGAUUUUGCUGACAUAAAUAGCUACAGAAAGGCUUAUUGGAAGUUUACCGCCAUCAGCCAUGAUUGCUCUCACCUUGCUAAACUAAUAGCUCCUAAUAACGAAGGUGAUGGAGACGGUGUGCGAGCCACGUAUAGUCAAAGACCAAAAACCCACUUCAUUGAUUUCACCAGAGAUCUAUUCAAAGCGCUUGAGAUUCACAUUAAAUGUGAGCUUGACAGGCAAGAUUAUCAUAAGAGUCAUGCAUGGCAUCCCGCAAGAUUGUGCUUGAUCGAGGAGGAACAUGACUCUCCCUCCAUCAGUCUUCUUAUAUCUCCGAUGCAGAUGGCCUACUGGCAGGACUUCCACCUGGUAGUCACUGUUGUUGACGAUAAUACGGAUUCUCAGCCAGCAUUUUGCAAUCUGGUAGACACUCAGUAUUGUGCUCGUGUAGAGGUUGGCUUCGAUGUUUCCAAAGGCCAGUUUCGGUUUCAUAGGAACAAAUUCUUGAAAUCUGAAGCCGGGUCUGGGCAUGGAGAAAGCCUUGCCGAUGUGCUACGCGAACGCCAACUGAUGCCCAAGGAGAAAGUCAUAUUAGCAUACACCAUUGCGCAGGCUUUCUAUCAUUUCUAUGACUCAGACUUGAUGCGUAUUAAGUGGACGAGCGAGGCCAUUUGGUUUAUGCCUCCCACUACGGGAAAAGAUGAGAUUCCAUUACGACCAUACUUGAUAUUCCCCUCUGGGAUUCCAGACGACCCGGAGGAAGAUUUUGUUGAUAAUCCGAGACUUGUUCAUCAGCAUCCCCGUAUUUUGGCUUUUGGGAUACUGCUACUGGAAAUCGGCCAUUCGAAACCUUUUCAAUCGAUUCCCCAGCUCAAUAGUAUCGCACAAGCCAACUGCGACCACAAGAUCGCUGAUAAUUGGCUGAAAGAUCUGAAAGCAACUACAUGGGAUGAGUUUGCGUACAAAUCGUUCUUUGAUGUUGCAAUAGAAUACUGCAUUCGAGAAGCCAAACUCCUCGUUGACAGGCAGGACAAUCCCAGUCCUGUUGGCACAGCUACGGAUCCGCUAACUCAAACAUUACCGGAUAAUCAAAAUGGAGUUCUCAAGCGAAAGGAGAGAUUCUAUAAACAUGUGGUGCGUCCAUUGAAAUACCUGGCCGAGAUUGGCUUCAACCAUAACAUUGGAAACACACUAUGCAUUCGCAAGAAGCCAAGGGUAGACCGCCUGAACACAGAUUUACCAAACGAAUUGUCUCUACUCGAGGAAUCCUUUCAUUCUGGGAACACUGUAAUGCCUGAAAAGUGGCUUAACGAUUUGAAUUCAAUUGGCAGGAUGAUUGCACGACAACAGCGAAUCCACAAAGUGGAGAGGGCUAUCAGCGUGGCAAUCCUAGAUACCGGCAUUUACUUGGACGAUGACGACAGCAUGCUACCGCGUAUUAAGAAAACGCGAGAUUUUGUUGACAAUUCACCCACCAAAAAGACAGAUACGUUUGGUCACGGCUCCUUGAUGGCAAAAUUCGUCAUGCAUUGUGCCCCCUCCGCUGAAAUCAUCAUCGCCCGUGUGGCGAAAGACACGAAAGGGCUGGGUGGCAGUCAAGAGAGAAUUCGAGAUGCAAUCCUAUGGGCCGGUAGAGACUGCCAGGCCGAUAUUAUUUCCAUGUCAUUCGGAUUCCCAAGGGAUCAUGAAGGCAUCAGCACUGCUAUCAAUACGGUCCAAUCGGAACGAAAUGGAUCUGUGCUUUUCCUAGCCAGUGCUGGUAACUCCUCUUUUGAGGGUGAAAAAUUCCCUGCUCGCCACUCUUCGGUCAUAUCUAUCCAUGCUGCUAAUUGCCACGGCACCUUCAUGGAGACAAAUCCGCGGCUCCCCGAUGGGGCACCUGCUAUAUGGGGUACUUACGGAAGCGACAUUCCGGAAGAAUUCUUCGCAGAUAUACAGGAAAAGUAUCCUAAUGUUUGUCGGCCCGGAUCAUCAAUUGCCACAGCUGUGGCGGCGGGUAUCAGCGCUUCUAUGGUUGCGUAUGCAGAUCUUUUGCCCUAUCUCGAGCCAUCUGCGAAAGGAAACUACAGAUUAUCACGACUUAAGCUACUUCGAAGGAAGAGCGGUAUGGAAGCGCUAUUCAAGUCCAUGGUGGUGAAGAAUGAAGGCAGUCGAAUGUGGUUUUUAGAUCCAAUUUCAUUCUGGAGGGAUACAUCGGACCAAGAUCCUGCCAAACAUUUUGCGAGAUACUCUAAGAUCUAUUCAUGUCUGCAAUAUGUCAACUCCCAACAGGCGGAUAUUUCUCAAAGCUUCUAG